GACUGAUAGAGCGGUCACGCCACCUGGCGUCAAAUCGGCCGACUCGCCUCAUUGUUAUGCCAUCAUCUGUUAUGGACCCAUUGUAAGGCAUAACCGUUAUAAUCGGUCAAUGCGAUGUGUGUUCAUGUCUAGGACCUGUCGUACGUGUUUAAAAGUCGGAGAUCUCGCCAAGAGGUGACCCGCCAUGUCGUCAAUGACUGUGUUCCAGUGCCUGGCCUAUGUCGUUGCAGUCAACGCCGUAACAACAGUAUGGGUGUAUAUAGGCCAUGUGAAAUGGUUGAGUUUCCAGACGUUGGCACUGGCGAUGUUCCUGCCGACUGCCAUGGCGCUGUGUUUCACUGACGAUCUGUGGUCCCUCGUUGUCCGUGUCGUGGGCUUUAAGCAGCCCCUGGACGCUGUGGCCUUCUCGGGGGUAGCGGUAUACUCUGUCGCCGCCAUGGUCGGAGCUUGCGUCGUCAUCGACCUCCUCAUGGGCUGGGCAAAACUCAAUCUCCAGCCUGACUACCAAGUGGACGUGUUGAACGGCACGCUCUUCAACGGCACCUUCUUCAGCAGCUUUCUUCGGGCAGCGGGGGAGGAGGUGGGAUGGAGAUGUUUCUUGCUGCCGUCAUUGAUGUCCCACUUCUCACCAGGUGUAGCUCUCUUACUUGGCGGUGUCGCAUGGGGACUGUUUCACGUGCCCGUGUUGAUACUGAUGACGUCACGACUGUCAACCCCUAUGCCACGCAUUACCGUGCUGGUGCAGUGUUUAUCUGUCAUGCUGUCGGCUUUCCCCCAUGGCUGGGUGGCGAUCAAGUCAGGGUACUCGGUGUGGGCGAGUGGCUUGAUGCACGCAUUGUGGAACCAAGUGAAUCCCGUCAUGUUGGGCAGCAUCUACACUCAGGCCCCGGGCAUCGUAGUCGGUCCCCAGUGGCUCAUCAACGGCGAGGGGCUGGCGGGAUGCAUCGUCCUCCUUCCCCUCGCCAUUUGGCUGUCAGUAACAAUGUGAAGAGUUGAUAUGGCGUCAAGGAGAGCAAGGCGCUAUUCGGUAGGCGGGGACUGCUUAAUGUUUGGAGUUUUCAUACUAAGGUGCUCUUUUUGGUGUAGAAUCAACAACCUGUCACAAUAUUUUUUUUACAUAAUACGUUCAUGAGGAGUUUUAAUAUUUUUUAUAUAUUGAAAUCAUUUGUGUAAAAGAGCGGAAUAUAUUUUAUUCGUCACGUUAUGUUUCCGCAUUGAAUAAUAUACACAGAGGAAAAUAAAUUCAUUAAUAUAUCUAUUGA